AUGGCAGAUUAUGCCACCUUAGUGAGUGCCAGAGGUUAUGUGAAAUCGUCUAUAACGAGAUUAUAUAAUUUUGUGAAGUCUGAUGCCUUUGAUAAGGCUACGAAAUCGAUCCUUCUAGCCAAAAGGGAGCGACUUAUUUCUGCGUUCAAGGAUUACGAGGGCUACAACAUGAAAAUAUUAACUACAAAACCGCAAGGCCCCGAGAGCGCGGAAGAUGUCGGCGAGCAAGAAGAUAAGUACGUCGAGAUAUUGGCUAGAUUGAACGACGCCAUUGCGGCUUUUGAUAAAGAAGAUGACCAACUCAAGACUAACAAAGAAGCUACACUACCUCUGGCCCAAAUAAAACUGCCUAACGUGCAAAUAUGUACAUUUACAGGGAAAUAUUAUGGAGAGGGACGUGAAAAAACAGCCUACGUUGAUAGAAUUCCUAGAAUACAUGGAAAAGAGAGCCAUGGCACUGGAAACUGUAGACGGAGCUCAACAACAGUCGCCGUCGCCGGGCUGCUCUGCAAGGGCACCCGCUCCAAAGCCGCUGAGUGUCUCACCAUGUGCUGCGCAACCUCCUCCAUGCCCAUUCUAUCCUCCUGCCUAAUCAAGAGCUGCAGAAUGUGGACAGCGGCGCCGCUGCUUCCCCAGCUCCGUGCAUCAUCAGCACGCAAUUUGGCCAUAUAUUAGGAGGUACCAUAACUAAUACUCAAGUAAGUCAUUCUCAUUCACAAGAAAAAGUAUCACUCUUAUGCACUUCUUGUGACGAAAGCAUCAGCAAAACAAUGAAGCAGUUUUGGCAAACUGAGGAUGUGCCUAUAAUAUUUAAUGAGGCUUCAACUGAAGCAGAGCUUUGUGAAGAUAACUUCAAAGGCUCAGUACAGUUAAAUAAUAAGCAAUUUCAAGUAGAUUUGCCAAUUAAGGUGCCUCUAGAGCAAGUCAAUGACCAUUUAGGCGAUUCUUUCAAUCUUGCCCUGAAUCGGUUUGUCAACUUAGAAAAAAAACUUCAUAAAAACAAAGAAUUGUUUCAACAAUAUAAGCAUUUCAUAGAUGAAAUCAUCGAGCUAGGACAUGGACAGUAUAUAGACAUUGGGCAAUACGAUUUUAAAAAUGAUCCUAUUUACUUUUUACCUCAUCAUGGGGUCAUUAAUGAAAAGAGUAAAUCAACAAAAUUAAGGGUUGUUUUCGAUGGGUCUAUGUUGACCAAUAAAAAGGUGUCAUUAAAUGACAUAUUGCUCAAUGGCUCUGUUGUCCAGAACGAUUUAUUCGAAAUACUUUUAUUAUUUCGACUUGGUACUCACAUGUUUACCACGGAUAUAAAGAAAAUGUUUCGGUGCAUUGCUUUAAAUCCUACUCAUGCCUCAUUACAGAACAUCCUGUGGAGAGAGGAUCCCAACCAGGAGAUCAAAUGCAUUCAGCUGACCACCGUCACCUACGGUCUCAAAAGCUCCAGCUUCCUCGCGACGCGGUGCCUGUAUGAGCUCGCAGAUAUGCAUGAGGGGGAGCUACCUCUUGCUUCCUAUAUUUUAAAAAAUUGUACAUAUGUUGAUGACAUAUUGUAUGCAAACUUUGAUCUGAAUACUACAAUAGAAGCUAAAAAUCAAGUAACACAAUUGUUAGAAAGGGGUAGCUUUCACACACAUAAAUGGGCGUCCAAUGUUCCUCAAAUUCUGCAAAAUAUCCCAGAAAAUGAGCAACAAUUUGAUAAUAUUGACUUUGAAAAAGAUAAUUUCAAUUUAAAAACAUUGGGCAUUAACUAUAAUGUAAAAGAUGACUGCUUUAUCAUAACCUGUCCCACAAAGUUCGGUGACAGGCCUGUAACUAAACGAGAAGUUCUCAGUUUCAUAUCAAAGUUUUAUGAUCCCCCUGGGUUUGUAGCCCCAAUAAUAAUAACUGCAAAGAGCUUCAUACAGACACUGUGGGCUGCGAAUAUCAGUUGGGAUUCUCCCUUGACAGGUGAUCUGAGGGAAAAAUGGUUGUUGUUUGUUAAAAGCUUAGAUAGCAUGGCACCUAUUACU